AAGCACAAGGUAGAGGCAAUGGAAGAUAUUGAAAAGGACUGUGUCCUUUUCAUGGACGAGAUGGAGAUAAGUCAGGGCUUUGAUCACGAUCGGUCCCUUGAUUGCCUUUUCGGUGGCACUACAUUGCCUGAAGCGACUGCAGAUGUUGCUAACCACGCCCUUGUAUUCAUGGUUGGAGGACUGAACACACGGUGGAAACAAGUAAUUGCAUAUCAUUUCACUGCACGCUCAGUUGAUGGGAAAGCUCUGAAGGACCUCGUCUUCAAUUUGAUUGAACUUUGUUUCAACAUCACACUAAGAGUGCUUGUUGUUACAAGUGAUAUGGGAGCUGCCAACCGUGCAGUCUGGCGCCUUCUUGGCUUCUCAAGCCAUAGGCACUCUGAGACUGUGUGCUCUGUUUCACACCCACACCUUGAAGGUAGGCAGCUAUAUUUUAUGGCUGAUCCAGCCCACGUCCUGAAGAAUAUUCGUGCUCAACUGCUCCGUGUGAAGACAUUCACUCUAGGAGAAGCAACUAUACGUGAGCACAAGCUUACAGCAGGAACUGUGAACAUAGACCAUGUCGAAGCUGUUCUCACACAUGACAGAGACAAGGAGCUCAAGAUUGCCAGCAGGCUCUCCGACGUCCACAUCAGCCUUGGACACUUCACGACAAUGAAAGUGAACAUUGCUGUUCAAAUGUUCCGUGAGGCUCCACCGGCUAUACGUUAUCUGAUUAAGCAAGGAAUCUUACCUCCUGAAGCGGAGGCGACGGCGUGGUUUUUUGAACUUGUCAGUAGGUGGUACACCUUGAUGUCGUCACGGCAUCCAGUUGUUGCUUUGAGCAAUUUCGAUCUUUCCAAACACAAGGAAGCAACUGAACUCCUUGGACUAGCUUGUGCCACCUUCUGUGGACUAAAUAUGGGACUUACUGCACACUGGAAGCCGUCACAAGCUGGCCUUUUGGUGUCAACUACUGUUGUCCUGCGUCUUUCUCAUGAGCUUCUGAACAAGCUCAAUUACAAGUACUUGCUAACUGGUAGAUUGUCACAGGAUUGUCUCGAAAACAUCUUUUCUGUAUUGAGGCUCAGAAAACCUGUGCCGAGCGCAUAUGAUGUCAAGUGUGCCUUAAAGCUUAUCUGCGUUGGCCAGUUUGUAAACACACCGACAUCAUCUAGCUAUGGUGUUGAUGACAGCACGCACCUGGCUGACCUUCUUGACCCCAGUUUCAAACAGGAUCAAGUGGAAGGUCAGGAGCCCGAGGAGCUUGAGAACUUGUUUGUUUAUGCACUUACCACAGAAGAGUGCGAUAUCCUUGCCUACUUGGGAGGCUUUUUGCUGAAGUCAGUCAUCGGUUUUCUUGGAGAGUGCAAAGACUGUGAAAGAGCCCUGGUUGGUGAUGCAACAGGCCAGUACAAUGCUCUUAUACAGCUGAAAGAGUAUGUCAAGAAUAGCGGAAAGCUCAUCCAGCCAAGCCAAACAGUGAUGCAAGUUUUAAUCGAAUGUGAGGAAAACUUUAAGACUUUCGCAAACAUGAAUGAGAUCCUGACUCUCAAAGCUCCAUUUACAGGUAUCCUGAGUGCCUUGCGGAAGUCUGUGGCUAUGAGAUUAGGGUGUUGUGAUGCGCAUGAAUCAAGGGCAUGCAAAAUGCUCCUUGAGAAGUAUGUGAGGACAAGACUUAAGAUUCAUCUCCGACAGCAGCAUGCGCAGAGGGUGAACGGACAGUCCAGCAAAACCUGUGCCGCUGCUAAUCUUAUCUGAGCCGUGUGUGGCGUCUCAGUGGUUAAUUUAAUGCUGCUGUGGUUGUGUGAUGUGUUUGCAGAAGUGUUUGACGUGUGCCUCUGGAUGUCUUUUUAACGCCUCGAGCAGGUGGGGCAUUCACUAAAAUGUUUCGCACCAAAGCUCUUUGUUCAUUGCUUAGUGUACUGAAAAACAGCAUGCUUCCAUGCGUUCUAGCUGCUAAUAUUGACUUUACCUGAAUGCAGCAUCACUAGUAUCAGAUUAACUUUCUUUAAUGCUUGUCUUUUUCGUAUGGCUGUAACAUAUUUUGUUGACAGAUAUCAUUGGCAGUCUUGAUUUCAGUGAUGUGUUGUAUCCUGCGACUGCACAUUUGUGCUGAGAAAAUAUGUGAGAAUACUUCGAAGGCGUAUUGCUAUUGCAUAAUCAGAAAGUGACUAUGUGCACCAGAAUUUAAUGGCGCAAG